CACCAGAAUACUCGAGAAGCUAGACGUACUCAUUUCUAAACGAAACGUCUCGACUUGUCCAGAGUGACAGUUCCUCGAGUAUAAAAGCAAUUUCGGGACUCCUGCAGGCACAAGAACAAGAUCCAGAAGAGAUCCAUAAUAUGCAGCGACAUCACUGGGAAUUAAGAUCCACGAGAGAGCCAUAAUAUCCAGCGACAUCACAGUGAACUUUUAAAUACGAGUUUCCUGAGAGCCGAACAAACAAAAUGGUCUCAAGGAAAGGUGUUGCCAUCGGCAUCGACCUGGGCACCACGUACUCCUGCGUGGGUGUUUUCCAGCAUGGCAAAGUGGAGAUCAUUGCCAACGACCAGGGCAACAGGACCACGCCCAGCUACGUGGCGUUCACCGACACGGAGAGGCUCAUCGGCGACGCUGCCAAGAACCAGGUGGCGUUGAACCCCAGUAACACGGUGUUUGAUGCCAAGCGUCUCAUUGGAAGGAGGUUCGAUGAUCCGGUGGUACAAUCGGACAGGAAGCACUGGCCCUUCAAGGUAGUCGCCGACGGAGGGAAGCCCAAAAUCCAAGUGCAGUACAAAGGGGAGGAGAAGGCCUUUAAUCCAGAGGAGAUCUCCUCCAUGGUGCUGGUUAAAAUGAAGGAGACGGCCGAAGCGUACCUUGGUCAGCAGGUGUCCAGCGCCGUAGUCACUGUCCCCGCCUACUUCAACGAUUCCCAGCGGCAGGCCACCAAAGACGCAGGUGUCAUUGCCGGACUGAAUAUCCUAAGAAUAAUCAACGAGCCCACGGCCGCCGCCAUUGCUUAUGGUCUGGACAAACACCAGUCAGGAGAACGCAACGUUCUCAUCUUUGACCUGGGCGGCGGAACUUUUGACGUGUCCAUCCUGUCCAUUGAUGGUGGCAUUUUUGAGGUCAAAUCCACCGCUGGAGACACUCAUCUGGGUGGAGAAGACUUUGACAACCGCAUGGUUGAACACUUUGUGGCCGAAUUCAAGAGGAAGCAUAAGAAGGACAUCGGCCAGAACAAAAGGGCUUUGAGGAGGCUGCGCACCGCUUGCGAGAGGGCCAAGAGAACACUGUCCUCCAGCUCCCAGGCCAACAUCGAUAUAGACUCUCUCUUUGAGGGCAUCGACUUUUACACCUCAAUCACCAGAGCCCGCUUCGAGGAGCUUUGCUCCGACCUAUUCAGGGGAACGCUGGAACCAGUGGAGAAAGCCCUGAAAGAUGCCAAGAUGGACAAAGGCCAGAUCCACGAUGUGGUUCUUGUUGGCGGUUCCACGCGGAUCCCCAGAAUCCAGAAGCUUCUGCAAGAUUUCUUCAACGGCAGGGAGCUGAACAAGAGCAUCAACCCAGACGAAGCGGUGGCUUAUGGUGCCGCCGUCCAGGCCGCCAUUCUGACGGGGGACACGUCGGGAAACGUUCAGGACCUGCUUCUGCUAGAUGUAGCGCCUCUGUCACUGGGCAUUGAGACCGCCGGAGGAGUUAUGACGCCACUCAUCAAACGCAACACUACCAUCCCCACCAAGCAGACGCAGAUCUUCAGUACUUACUCUGACAACCAGCCCGGUGUUCUCAUCCAGGUCUUAGAAGGCGAGAGAGCCAUGACCAAGGACAACAACCUGCUGGGAAGAUUUGAGCUGAGCGGAAUCCCACCGGCUCCGCGAGGCGUGCCACAAAUCGAGGUCACCUUUGACGUGGACGCCAAUGGCAUACUCAACGUGUCGGCCGUGGACAAAAGCACCGGCAAGGAGAACAAGAUCACCAUCACCAACGACAAAGGUCGUCUUAGCAAAGACGAAAUAGAGAAGAUGGUGGACGACGCCCAAAAGUACAAAGCUGAGGACGACCUGCAGCGGGACAAGAUCUCCGCCAAGAACACUCUGGAGUCGUAUGCCUUUAGCGUGAAGAGCAGCGUGCAGGAUGAGAAGGUGGCGGCCAAGUUGAGCGAGAAGGACAAGAAGACACUGAUGGACAAGUGUGAGCAGACACUCAGCUGGCUGGAGAACAACCAAUUGGCUGAAAAAGAUGAGUUCCAGGACAAGCAAAAGGAGCUGGAACGAGUGUGUCAGCCAAUUAUUAGCAAGUUGUACCAGGGGGCGGGGCCUGCAAGAGACUCCAAUAGUCAGGCUGGUGCCCAGGGGCCCACCAUUGAAGAGGUGGACUGAUGACUUGGUAUUUUCAGACACAUUUAUUAUAAAUAAAUACUGUAUGACGUGAGAAAAUAUUUGUAAUAUAAUGUUUGAACUUAACAUGUUGUUAAUUUUUGUCAUGUAGUGUUUACAUAAUAAAUUAUUUGGACAAUUCUGUAAAAGUCUGUUGGCCUGUGUGUCUGCUGUCUAUACAAAA